AUGUCUUCGGCUAACAGAAAGGAGCAACGGGUCUCUUUUCAGACCAUCCCGACUUCCAAGAGCCACCGUCACCAGACGAGCGACUCGGGCGUUGGGUCCGACUUCAGCUCGAGCCCCACGGCCCAGGAGUACUUCGACCUGGAGAAGAACCACAUCAAGCUCAAGGAGGAGCACCUGGCAACCAGGAACAAGCUCAAGGACGCCGAGGCCCAGCUCCACGAGGCCCACGCCCGCUUGAAAGCCAUGCAGAACACCAUCGAUGUCCUGGAGAACGACAACAAGGCUCUGGAUCGCGAGAAGCGCAACUUGCGCACAGAGGUUGAGGCCCUUCACACGCUCCAGCCCGCCUCGGGAGUCGGCCAAGAUGUCGGGGCCCUCCCGGCCCAUCCCCCUUCUCCCAAGGAGCCCAAGGAGUCGAAGCACUCGCGCCGCAGCGAAUCCAAGCAUCACCGCGGCGAGUCCAAGCACCACCGCAGCGAGAGCAAGCCGCGCAAGACCACCGAAGACAAGGAGCUCGAGAAGCGCGUCAAGCAGGACAAGGAGCGCCUCCGGGGCCGCUUCGACCACAAGGACGACAAGAGCGUCGCUUCCAGCAGCAGCUCGGGCCGGAGCAAACAGAGCGGCAGCUACAUUGAACCCUUGGGUCCUGCUGCCUCCCGCCCCGCCGUGGAGCCGGCGGGCCGUCCCCGUCACGCACGCACCGAGUCAACCUCGUACCACGACUCCAUCAGGCCGGCCGUCUACACCACCGUCACCGAACCCGCUUACAGCACUCUGCCACGCAGCCCAGCAUACCCGGAGUACGACAAUGAUUACUACCCUGAUACUACUUCGCAAUACGUUCAAGAGGACGGAAGUUAUCGCUUCCACCCUCUGCCGAGUCCUCUGCCGGCCGAUCCUCCCCGCGGGAGGUCGUACCGGUAA